AUGUCCCCUACUCUCAAAACCGUUGCAACUUUCGAGGAAUUCUCCCUUGUAGUAGAUUGCCUCUGGGAAUCGAACAUCGAUCCAUUUAACCCAUUCUUGAGUAUUCUUGUGCGGAUUAAGGAACCUACUGCGGAAGGAGUGGCAGCUGCUGUUCAGGAGAUGAAGGAACGCUUGUGGAAAUGUCAUAAGGCGGAUAAGGAUAGUGUUUGGAUUUAUAUUGUUGGUGGGGAUGAACAUACAGAAGCCAGCGGAAAGGUUCUAGCGGGCGCGGAAUGGCUGUUUCAUGAAGUUAAUCCGUUUGGAGAGAAGAAAGACGAUGAGAAACAGAAGAAUAAGGAUGAUGAGAUCGAGAAUGGUGAGACCGAGAAUGGUGAGACCGAGAAUGGUGAGACCGAGAAUGGUGAGACCGAGAAUGGUGAGACCGAGAAUGGUGAGACCGAGAAUGGUGAGACCGAGAAUGGUGAGACCGAGAAUGGUGAGACCGAGAAUGGUGAGACCGAGAAUGGUGAGACCGAGAAUGGUGAGACCGAGAAUGGUGAGACCGAGAAUGGUGAGACCGAGAAUGGUGAGAAAGGGGGAGAAGAGAAAGAUGACAGCGUCGGUUCUUGGUGGCCUGAAGGCGAAGCCCGUGACUUCACGAAAAUGAUUUUCUCUCAAAUUUUUGGAUUUAGAGCAAGAAGAAUGGCAAGACCUCAUACUCAACUCUCCGCGAUGUUUACCCACCCCGAGCACCGGUGUCAUGGUUACGGAUCUUUGCUCAUGGAAUAUGGAAUGAGAAGAACCUCAGAAAUGAAUGUAGAAGCGCUCGUAGAAGCUACCGCCGAGGGAUUACCUCUUUAUGAAAAAUUUGGUUUCCGUACUAUUGAGAAAAUAACCAUUGAUACGACUCGCAGAGACAGAAAGCCAGGAUUCUUAUGGCUCAAGAUGGCGAAUGAGGUUAAAGGGAAGACUACGUGGUGGAUGUGGAAACCUAAACCGAGUGAUGGAGAGGUUUAUACGCCGGGGAUGGAGUUACCGUGGGAGAGGAAGUGA